AUGAAGUUCAAUUAUUGGGUUGAGGAUGAUGGUGACGAAGAAAGUUCCGAAGUUGUUCUUCCUUCGAAGGGUAAAGCUACUGUCAAGGUGUCCAGUCCGGUAAUUAAAGAAGAGGAACUGGACGAUGAGGAAGAAGAAGAAGAAGAAACUCUUGAGGAGCGGACUGAGACCACCCCCGAUCCUAAUACCGAUACCGAAGAAGAAACCAAUCUCGGAGGGCAAGGUGUUAACCAUAUGGCCGAUCCUGAACACACACUGUCUCCUCAUCGAGAGGCCAACGAUCUUGGUUUACGAUCAUCAGAUGUGGAGGCCGAAGAAGAGAAUGAACAUGUGAAUGAAGGAGAGGAUAGAUCUGAAGGAGAAGAUGUUGAUCUUCGGGCUGAACGUGAGAACAAAGGGAAAGAACUGUUGCGGGCCAAUCUUCAGAACAAUUUAUUCAGUCAGUGCUGCAGAGUGACAAGGAUCAAACCUUCGAAUGGUUAA